GGGACCCAAAGGUGCCGGUGCUGUACCAUGUGGAGCGGACGCGAACAGGAGCCAGUUUUUCAGUGCGUUCUGUGAAGGCUGUGCAGCAUGGCCAGGCCAUCUUCAUCUGCCAGGCCUCCUUCCAGCAGACGCAGCCCAGCCCCCUGCAGCACCAGUUUUCCAUGCCCACUGUGCCCCCACCAGAAGAGCUGCUGGACCAUGAGGCCCUCAUUGACCAGUAUCUAAGGGACCCUAACCUCCAGGAGAAAUACCGAGUGGGGCUGAACCGAAUUGCUGCCCAGGAGGUACCUAUUGAGAUCAAGCUGGUGAACCCACCCACCCCGAGCCAGCUGCAGACACUGGAACCCAAACAGAUGUUCUGGGUGCGAGCCCGGGGCUAUAUUGGGGAGGGCGACAUCAAGAUGCAUUGCUGUGUGGCUGCCUAUAUCUCUGACUACGCCUUCCUGGGUACAGCAUUGCUGCCCCACCAGUCCAAGUAUAAAGUGAACUUCAUGGUCUCGCUGGACCACUCCAUGUGGUUCCAUGCCCCAUUCCGAGCCGACCACUGGAUGCUCUAUGAGUGUGAGAGCCCCUGGGCUGGUGGCUCUCGAGGGCUAGUGCAUGGGCGGCUGUGGCGUCAGGAUGGGGUCCUUGCUGUGACCUGUGCCCAGGAGGGUGUGAUCCGAUUGAAGCCUCGGGUAUCAGCGAGUAAGCUGUAGUCAAAGAUAACUGGCUUGGCCUGGGAUUUUAAAGAACUGUUUCUACUGCCAUUCCUGAGGCAGGGGUCACAGCAGACAGCUGGGCUGCCUGCCCCUCAUAUCUAAUAAAGAAACUGCUAACACUGGA